AUGGAAAUCAACCAGCUACCCAUCAUCACCGACAAUGCUACCAAUCCCAUCGAUUCAGCCAUUGGAAUCUGUUGCCUCGCUCUAUCCACCGUCCUUGGCGAUAAAGUCUCUUUCCCCAGCACCAAUCGGUAUAGAUCAUGCAUCGACUCCUAUUUCUCGCAGCAAAACUCCAACCUUCAGCCUGUUUGCAUCGUCUCCCCUACCACCGUAGAAGAGGUCUCGACCGCCAUCACCAGCCUCACAAGCACCUCCGCCGCACUGGACGGCAACUGCCAAUUUGCCAUCCGCUCCGGCGGCCACACCAGCUUCGGCGGCGCCUCCAACAUCGCCAACGGCAUCACCAUCGACCUGCGCGCGCUCAAUUCCAUCGAAGUCAGCGCUGAUCGCUCGACCGUCUCGGUCGGCGUGGGCGCGUCCUGGGGCAACGUCUACGCGUUUCUCGACCCCCUGGGUCUUUCGGUGGCGGGUGGGCGAGCCGCACAGGUCGGCGUUGGCGGGCUCACCAUCGGCGGGGGCAUCUCCUACCACUCGCCGCGGUACGGCUGGACCUGCGACACGGUGUCGAACUUUGAGGUCGUGCUGGCGAACGGGACGGUCGUGCAGGCGAAUGAGGAACAGAGCCCCGACCUGCUUGUGGCCUUGCGCGGCGGGGCGGCGAACUUUGGGGUCGUCACCAAGGUCGAUCUUCGGGCGUUUGCGCAGGGCCCGGUCUGGGGCGGGAGUGUCUACUAUACCCUUGACACGAUCGACGAGCUACUGCGGGCCUUUGCGGCCCUGAACUCGGCGGAGGAGUAUGAUGAGUAUGCGUCGUUGAUCACCAGUUUUGGGUUCGCGGGGGGGAAGGGCGCGGCCGUGGUCAAUAGCGUCGUGUAUACCAAAGGUGAGGAGCACCCGGCUGUCUUCGAGCCAAUCAUGAAGAUUUUAUCGCUGUUCGACACGAUGCGUGUGGCGAGCAUGCAUGAGAUCUCGCUGGAGCAGGGCUCUUUUGCGCCGAAUGGGAAGAGACAAUUGACUGCCGUGACGACGCAUGCUUCGACCGUCCCUAUGCUCAACGCAACAUAUCUACGGUGGAGUUCUAGUCUGGCCGCCAUCGAAGAUGUCCCUGGCAUUGUGUGGUCCAUCUCGUUGGAGCCGCUGCCACCCGCGAUCUACUCUCGGGCUCCUACGACGAAUUCUCUGGGUCUGUCGGAGGCUUCAGGCUCCCUAGUCGUCACGCUCCUCAGUGCUACCUGGGAGGACGAGGCGGAUGAUGCGAAAGUUGAGGAAGCCGCGCGCGCACUCUUUGAUGCAAUUGAAGACGACGCGCGCAAGUCGGAUGCCCACGAGCCAUACAUCUAUCUCAACUACGCGGCCGAGUGGCAAGAUCCGAUUGCUACCUACGGAAAGACGAGUAUCGAGAAGCUUCACCAAGUGAGCCAGGCCGUGGAUCCAAAGGGGGUCUUCAAGAACAAUAUGCCUGGUGGUUUCAAGAUUCCUGGCUAA